GUGUUUGUUUGCAGCUCUCACCGGGUUGGUCUGUUAAUAUCACUGAGGAGGGCUGACUGCUGCUGCUUCAUCCAUCUGCCUGAAGAUCCAGAGGAGCUGAGCUGACACCGCUCACUGCAGGUAUGUAACUCACCUUUUUACCACACGCCGUGACAAUAACCACACACCGCGUGGAUGUCACGUAUUGUACGUUGUGUACAGAAAAAAAGAGGGAGGCAGUAGCCUGUUAGCUGACAGGCUAACUUUACUAGUUGUGUCUGGGGGAAUUGGCGCUAGCCCGUUAGCCGCGUAGCUAGGUUAGCAUCGCAUUGGAGCGUGGGAGCGAGCUCUCAUAGCUGCUUUUGUGUCACGCCAGACACGUCGCCAGUUUCCACUCGAUGUUUAACAAUGUCCGCUUUAGUCUAGUGGACACCGAUGCUCGUGUUUGCACGGUCAAAGGUGAGCAUUUCGUGCAGAUUUCCGUGCGGGAGUCGAGCGGCUAAUGUCAACAGCUAACGCCAGCUAACAUUAGCCUGCCCCCGUUAACCUGUCGCUGGAGCUAACGUCGGCUGGUCAGUCACCUUUUUACCGGAACUGUCAGGUAGAUUCCGUUAUUGUCACAGGUGUUUUUUUCUUAAACGUCAUAUUACCUUUCUGUUAGACACAGCUAACACUCAGAUUUCCUCUGAUUCACCGUUACCGGACACCUACGGGGCAGAACAGCCGAAUAAACUGACCCGAGGAGCGGCUGGACUCGCGCGCGGCACGUGCUGUCAGUUGUCCAAAACAGGUGUUUGAGACGGUGCACGCGACGUGUUUGAUGAUUAGGCGGGCUCCUUUUACCUGUCACCUGUGUCGUCUUCAACCACGACUGUGUUUCUGUUCAGAAAAUGAACAUUUUAGACAACAAAGAGGAGCACUGCGCGGUGAUAACGGUAUUGUUCCUUUUAGUUAUUAUAAAUAACAGAAUUAAAUGAAGAACAUUUGCCAAAUUUCCUUAUAAAAUCCCCCAUUGCGUUGUCAGUAUUCAACAACCAAGAUAUGUUUAAUUCAUAGUCAGUCUCCACGAAGGAAAAGCACAUAGUCUGACACGUAAGAAGCACAAAAACGGGUGUUAGCCAUAAUGCAAAUCAAUAAUAACACAAGCCGACCAUAAAUUCUGCUCUCAGCUUCUCCAUUUGCGUUGACAAUGAUAAAUGCCCUUUAGACUCAAUGCUGAAGUUCACAUGGUUUUCUAGUUUAAUAUUAAAAAGGUGUUCCUAAAAUUUUGUAAUAAUAAGGAAUACCUUUUAACAGAGCACACUGCAGCAGCCUUUAAAUAAUGAAUGUUUAAGGGAUAUUCUGGCGUAAAAUUAAUUUAGGGUCAAACGCAGCGUAACACAGAGUUAGACACCCCCUCCAACUUUAGUAACGACCGCAGGAUAGCAAUACAGAGAGCCACGCGUUUUGGUUGAGGUUUGUUGAUGGCUCCUCAGACCGCUGUGUAUUGCUAUCCUGCGGUUGUUACUAAAGUUGGUAUAACUAGAGAAGCAAGCGGUUAACAACAUCCCUUCGGAGGGGGUGUCUAACUCGGUGUUAUUGUUAAUUUUACGCCGGAAUAUCCCUUUAAGUACAGCUAUCCCCAUGUCUGAUCAUGUAUGAAAACCCAGAACAUCUUGAGCUCAUUGAGAGUGUAACUUUUUUGUUUAGCUGUCAUGAUUGUGUUGGAUUCGGUUGCUAAUUCCUAAUAUUUUGCCCCGCCUCAUGCUUGUGAAUGAAGUGGACAAAAUAAUAAGGAAUACCUUUUAACGGAGCACAAUGCAGUAGCCUUUAAAUAAUGAAUGUUAAGUACAGCUAUCCCGCGUCUGAUCAUGUAUGAAAACCCUGAACAUUUUGAGCACGUUGAGAGUAAAACACUUGCUUAGCUGUCAUGAUUGUGUUGGAUUCAAGGAUUUAAGGAACUUUAUUUGUCAUACCUCACAUCUUUGACAGUACGAAAUUAGUACCCAGGUCCGUUUCCAAGCCAAGAGUAAAAUACAAUACAAUAAAUAAAAUAUGAUAUAAACAGAUGACAUACAAAACAAUAACAAAGAGCAAAAUGUAAACAAAUUUAAGUAGACUGAAAUUAGCACUAAAAGUUCCGUGUGAAAGCAGCACCUUGGUUUUGUAAAGUGAUGAAUUGCAGGUUUGGUCAAUGGGUGGGAAGUGGGGAGGGUAUAGAGGGAAAGGGUUUUUACAGAGAACUUCAUGUUUAUCAUUCAUUUGUUGUUUUCUUAACAGUUUUUCUGCAGAGGCAGUGAAGCCGGUGAACGUCCCUCCCUCUCAGGACAACAAAGGAGCCUCUCGCACACUUGAACCUCAGCAGCGCCGCACGUAGAACGCUUCCAUCAGACUCAUGACUGUUUGAAGGGACGCGGACCCACCGUGGCCCAUGCUCUGUACCCGUUUCCCUCCCUGUCCUCCUUAUCCCUCAAGCUGACGCAAAACCCCAGACACCUACCCCCCCUCCCCCACCCCCACUCCCAUCCCAUCCCCAGCGACUCGCCUCCUCCGCCCAUGCCGCCUGGCACUGAGACCGUGCACUACAUCCACCUGCACAACUCCAGCCAGUCAGUGCUGGAAGCUCUGCGCACCCAGCGGCGCGAGGGCCUCUUCUGCGAUGUGACCGUGCGGAUACACGAUUCCUCACUGCGCGCCCACGCUUGCGUCCUGGCAGCCGGCAGUCCCUUCUUUCAGGAUAAGCUGCUGCUGGGUCACUCUGAGAUCUCCGUGCCGCCGCUGGUGCCAGCCGAAACCGUGAAGCAGCUUGUGGAUUUCAUGUACAGCGGCUCUCUGGUGGUGCUGCAGUCUCAGGCCCUCUGUAUCCUCACCGCCGCCAGCAUCCUGCAGAUCAAGACGGUCAUCGACGAGUGUACCCAGAUCAUCUCUCAGAGAAAGGCGGCAGCAGGAGCGGCGGCCGCGGCGGCGGCUGCAGCGGCAGGAGGCGCGAUGCUCGGAGGAGUCCUCCCUAAACAAGAAGAGCGCGGCGGGGGGAAAGGGGCGGAGAGAGGAGGGAGCGGGAGCUGCUCUGUCAGCGCUGCAGGUGGAGGAUAUGCAAACUUCUCUAACUUCAUGGCUGAGUGUGGGGCGAGUAACAUGGGUGGCGGGAUGGGGGGCGCGAGUGUCAACAUUAACGAGGGAGGCCCAGGCCCGAUGGAACAGCCCAACACCGUGAGUCUGAUGGAGCUGGGCAGCAUGGGCCCCGGCUCCAUGUGCGGGGGCGACGGGAUGGGCCCCGGGAGCGGCACAAUCCUCAUGAAGCAGAGUCCCAGCUGCACUCAGGACGUCAGGUACAAGCUCCGAGACCUGUUGGCGCAGACGGCCAACGGAGCCAGCACUAGUAGCACAGGGAACCUCUCGGCGGGCUGCAGCUCCGGUGUGGGCAGCGUGGACAGCAUCGGCAGGGACAGCCUCCGCGGCAACACAACCGACCUCUCUGAUGACCUGGUGGGGAUGGACCGCUACAGCGAGGAGGAGGACCUGGACGGGAGGGAGCGGGGAAGAGACGGAGACAGAGACAGGGGGGCGAGCCACAGCCGCAAGCAGAGGCAGCCGCUCAGACUCCAGGUAGAGGGAUAAGGGAAAGGGUUGCCAUGGUUACAGCUUUCAGGCAUGCAGAGCUGCAACGGUUUUCUUUUCUUUCCUUUUCUGCUUUUCCCUCUUCUCGCACUGCAUUGGCGUAUAUCGCUGAGAUGUUUCUGCACUUUGCACAAUUGGGGAGAAGCUCUCGGGUGAACUUCUGCAGUAAUUGCCUUGUUGAUGUUCUAUGGACUUCUGCAUGUUUACUGUAGGUCAUUCAACUUCUAUUAGCACCUGCCUGGAGGGGCUGCAGCCGCUCAAUGCUCUGAUUUACUUGUAGACAAUCUGCUGUCUUUAAGCUGCUGCCACUGAUUUAUUUUUGCACGACUUCAAACUGAACUGGAGCUUUUUCUCUGUAGGUGCUGGGAGGAGAGGGAGUGGUGGUGAAAGACGAGGGGGUCCAGGACCCAGAUGGGACCGUCUAUGCUUUGGAGGACGGGAGAAGAGAUGGAGAGCAGGAGGGCUCCCAGGAAUCUAUGGCAGGCUUUGGACAGGUGGGUUAAACUCAGGGGUGAAGAAAAACAGCCAAAGUAGAUCAUGAGGGGAAUGUUUUAAAGCAUCUAAGAGCUGCGAGGCUCAUUUUCAUUGGACGGUUUAAUAAUUCAUCACGCCCUGCUUGCAGAAGGAGCAUUCAGUGCAUGACACAUCUUGCGUAUUUUAAGUGGUUUUAAAGAAUAUCUCGGUUACAGUUUGCUCAGGCUGGAGAAGUUAAAAAAAAAAAGGUUUUAUCUCAAAGUCGUUCUCAGCGUUUCCGUCACAAGUCUUGAAGUAAGAGGGAAGAACAUGGUGGAGCGGAUUUAUGCCGCAGCCUGCUGUACCCUGCAGACUACACAAGGAACAUCUGCCACACAGUCAAAAGGAUUCAGCUCCUCUGCCUGUCAGUAUUUCUCUCAAAAGUGCUGCAGAGAAGGAGAAAGUCCAUCCAGAAAGGGUUUCAUCUGCUCACAUGAGGAGGUUAGGAUGUUGUGUUUUUCAUGAAGAGCGAAGCAUGUGAUCAUCAGAUUUGGCAGCAGUGCUCAGAAUAAUCAGAUCCUCUGUUUUUGAGGAGGUUUCCUCUCAGUUCACAUGACACACUCAAUCACACUGGAAUGUCACCGUGGGUUUUUUUUGGAUGAACAGUGCAGAAAUGUCCCUAAACUUUGUGUGGAGUAUUGAAUCCUAUUUUUAAACGUGUUUAACGCUCUGAUUUUUAUUAUUUACAGCGUGUUUCAUAAACACGUAAACCGAACGAUAGCUUUGCAGAUCUAGACUCUGACGUAGUAUAAACUCUGUAAACCGAACUAUAUUCUACAUGGUUUUGGAAAAAACAAUAUUUACCGUAAAUUUUAGAAUAUAGGUGGCUCUGGUGUUUCAUGCUGCCUAUUUUUUCUGCCUAGUUUUAAAUGUCUGACUGUAUUCAGCUCUUUCUGGUACCAUGAGGAGUUUGCAGCCCUGCUAGUGACCAUUAAGCCAAAAACAUCCAGGAUCCGUAUUGAGCGCGUUGUUCUGUAUUUGCUCCGUAGAGCAGUGUGGGGUAUCUCAUACAGGAUCAGCGUAUUUGGAGUGUAGCAGCAGCGUAGUGCAGCCCCCCUUUCGGUCAGCUGGGCUUAGUAUAGAGGAAACAACAGGCUCACAACAGGUUGUUUUUCCUUUCUGUGGUCGAUUUCCUAAUAAUUUGGAUAUAAUUCAGUGACCGUUGAGCCUCUACUGUAUGUGAAAAAGCCUGAAGUGGUUUUACAGUUUGUGUUUUUGCAGGUUUACUCGUGUUUAAUAAAGUAAACUCUGGUCCUGUAUGCUGUGCUGUUCCCUUCAGACAGAGUUAGCAGUUCAAAGUCCUGUUGGGGUCCACAUGGAUCAGGGAUCGACCAUCGGAUUGUUCUGUGUUACUGAUAAAUCCAGAGCCAGGAAGGAUUCCUCAUCUACUCGAACUGAUACACAGUCGAGAGUUCAUAUAUGCUGUUUUAUUUUGAAAUACUGGAUGACAUGCGCGGUUUUCCUGUUUGACUUCCUGUCUAGAACGAUCUUCUCUGUGUAGAUUGACGCACGUUGGAAGCGUACAGCAGCAAAAAUAGACUCGCCGCGUAUCUUUAGCAGAGCUGCUCUCGAUACGAUGCUGUGAUGGAGCUGAUACGCGUCCUGUAUGCUUUGCUGCAUUGAUUCGAAUGGAAACCUAUUUGCUGCAUCCUGUAGGUUUUAGCCUUUACGGUAGUUGAGCUCAGUCUGCAGUGAUACCUGUGAGGUACAGACCCGCUCCCCGUGACGGUUCCUCCAAGAGUCCAAGUACCACCCACCUCUGCAGGCGUCUUGUUGUCUAAGCUGAGGAGUCUUUCACAGCGUUGAGUGUGUUUAUUUGACUUCACUCCAUGCAUCAUAUUGACUUAAUGAGGGAGUGAACUUGUUCAGGAGUGCUGUCUGUCACCAGGAUGGUAUGCUUUGUUUUGUAUACCUGCGUGCUCUGUGAAAAUGACAAAAGUAUGAUAGCGUGCUGCUGCGUCCAGAACUUUUUAUUUUACACCUCCAUCGUUAAGGUUUCGGUGCUGUUCUAAGGUUGUUUUUGGACCCCUCUGUUUGCCCACCAAGAGAACUGGUCCAACCCUGAACUCUGAAUGAGUGACACAUGUGUGACGAUCACAUUUUCUGUCAGUUCAUAAUCUUAUCAGUGAAAUAUCCUGUUGGUUUCUGGUUCCAAGAGAGGAGAAUCAUGAGAAACAAGAUGUUUCCUCAUGACCUCGUGUUAUUUCAUGAUGAUCAGGAGCCAAUCAGGAGACCUGCAGGUGACUUCUUCUUCCACCAAACAGCUGACCUGGAGGUGAUAUAAUUUUACACAGGAUGGCCUUCGCCUCUGAUUGGCUGUGAAACGUCAUCACACGCUCAAGCCGAGCGCGGCCUGUCGGCUCUGUACAUCGAACAGAACAUUAUCGCAAUUCUGAAUCUCCUGACCCUAACCCGACAGACAAUGACAUUUCACAGCUACAAGGAAUAACCAAUCAGAGGCGAAGGAGUGCGGGACCUUUCCCUACCAUCCUACAGAAAAAUCCUGCGGCCUGGAGACAACUUCAAAAUAAAAGCUUUUUGUGUGAAGAAAACAGGUCAUGCUUUUGUUAUGAAAAGAAUCCUGAGGUACAGCCGUCAUGUAUUAUAAAUCUCACUAACACAGAUUAUCACAAUUAAUCACAUUAAUUUCCCUCGAUAUCAAUAUAAAACACUGUCAAUAUGCUUUUUCAAUAGUCGGCAUUAAAAAGGAGAAAAGUUCGUUCUCCAGGAUUUAGCUGGUUUAGAGCGGUAAUGUGUUUGGUGUGUGUCCUGAUGUCCAGUUUAGUGGUGGAUUUAUUUGACUGAAUAUAUCUGAAUAUAAAGGACAGUAUUCAGUAAUCAAUCAUGUGAUGUAUGACUCAUAUAUAUUAAACAAAUUAUCUCACAUGAGGCUCACGGCAGCCACGGUAACAAUUCGCUUAUUAGCAUAAGAUAGCUUUAGCCAUAUUCACGGUAAACAAUACAUUAACACGGUAUAGCAUCCGACUUUGACAGUGAAACAUCAUCAAACUCACUUCUGACAUUUACACACAAUAAUCCCGGAUGUGAAGGUGAAUAUUGGGUUAAAACAGGUAAGAGGAAAUUUACCAACUAUCCUCUGCUGCAUGAGGAGGAAAACUAAACUUUAACAGAACAGAACGCCUAUGGUGCGUUCACCAGCAUAGGACAAAUGAAAACUUACCAUAAAACACAAUAUACCUGAACAAUAUUUACUUAAAAACACAGAAACGACACAGGCUUUCUAACAGGCACUCUGACAUGUUGUGGUCGACUAUACAAAUAGCCAAUGAAAAGGGGAGUUGCUCUGGGUCCACUUGAACUGAACCAAUCAUGUACUGAAUUAGAACUAAGUAGCAAAGACCUCACAGAUGCAGGAGCAUAUUGUAUUGCAAAAGACAUGCUAACAAUAAACACUGUUAAAUUUCAUUUUUUAUAUCGUGAUAUGUGUCGAUAUCUACUGAUAUGAAAAAAAUAUAUCCUGAUAAACUCUUCACCGUAUUGCCCAGCCCUAUUUAGCACACAGGAUAGACAGGCAAAGAAUAUAGAGUGAACAGAAUCGCUGUCUUGCUGUCUAUGAUAUUAAUUAACAGAAAGGCAUCAUUCAUCCGAUAUCUGAUCAUGUUAAUUGGUCAAUAUCGGAGCUAAUAUCCAAUCCAAAUAUCUAAUCGGUGCAUCCCUAAAUCAACAAUAAAAACUAGAUUUUUUCACUAACAGUAAACCAGGACAGCCGGAUCUUCACAGGCCUGCCGACCUGCUCAGUGGGACAGUCCGGAUUAUCUCCUAUUUUAUCGACCCAUUUGUCUGAUCUGAUGUUACAGGAUGAUACUCGAGUCGUCUCUGAAGGGUUUUCAUUGAAUUAUUCUGCAGUGAAGCUUCUCUUUGGGGGUCAGCUCCUCCUCUUAUAAGUGUCAAACAAAGAGACGAAGUAACCAGACGCUGUUCUGACAUUCUGUGCACGGCGGUGAAGACGACGGCGGUCUCGUUCUGUAGUCUUGUGGUUUUUUUAGCGGUCCUGUGCAGCGGGGGUUUGAUUACAGCCGAGUCUAAAUGACACGAAUGCAGUGGAACUAAAAAAAAAAAAACCUCGAGACGAUCCUGCAGGAAAACAGUCGAACCUCUAACCGUGCAGCAGCACUCAUUAUGGAGGAGGCGUGACAGCGGCGUGCCAGACAAAGGCUAAAAGCAGAGCUAACAAGUUUCCCCCACUGGCUCUGAUUGGCUUCUUUCAGCAUCAGUAACGUUAGCCUAAUUAGCCGUCGUACCAACAAAGCAGCUCUCUUCUUCUCCUGUCUGAGUCUUCACAUGAGAGCCGCUGCAGCUCCUUGAAGACAUGCCAGAGUUUUGAUUGCGAGUAUUUAAAGGCUCUGGCGUCCUCACGCGCCGCUUUACGGCCGCCUCGUUUGAUUUUGGCUGCAAAAUGAGAAAGUAGAAAAAGAGGGAAGUGUCUGUUGUUGUUGUUGAUUGGAUAACGAAGGCGUAAGAAAAUGUGAGAGUGUUUUCGGUCAGGGGAUCAGAUUCCCUCAUCUGGAUCGUCCUUUGAGGCGGUGUGUGACUUUGAGGUGAAAACACGGCGUCAGUAUUUUGUCUGCGUAUUAUCCUGUGAGUGUAAACACCUGUGAGUGUGUCGCUCCACCUUGUUGUUGUAGAUUUCUCCCUCCGGUUAUUUUUCCUCCUGUUCAUUAAGCGUCAGACGAGCUCCACCCAUGCCAGUAUCUCUCCUCAGAUUAUCUCCUCAGCCAUACAUCCAACCACGCCGCUGUUGUGACAGUAAUGUGGCUCGACUGGUCGGACCACAGCGUGCUGCAGGUCGAUCCUUCAUUCGCUCUUGCAUGUAAAGACAGAAUUGGAGAAUUGAAUCAGACAGAUGAAGUAUUUGUAAGAGGGCAUGUCCCACUUUAACCACCGCGCUCACUGUUGGAGGUGGAACAAAAAUUGUCAAAGUUAGUCCGAAUAAAAUUUUCUUCAGGCUGUGAUGAAUCCAGGCAGGGCUUGACACUAACUUUUUUCACAUGUUCUUCUAAAUUAAAAAAGUAAGGAGCACACAAAGAACUUUAGGAGCACAAUGAAAAUUGAUCAAAUAAUGUUUGUCUUAUCGUCCGACCUUAGUACGAUUAUUGGAAAUCAAUUUUAGGUCAAUUGGUCACAUGACAUGGAAGCUAUUAAAGGAAAACAGCCUUUCUGAGAACAUCAACCAGUAAUUUAUUGACGGUCCCUUAUUCAACACCCGACGUUGACAGUGAGGGUGUCGAGUAGAUUUAAUCACGCCGCUGUUGUUAUUCCCGGAUAUGGAGAGUGAGAAGACACCGGUAGAUCCUCAGUGAAUGUCUGUCAGAUAUCCAACCUCAAACUAACUUCACUGCCGUAUUUACAGGAAAAAACAUUUGUUGAUAUUUUUUUAUGUGCACAUGUAAAUACAUUUUACAAUUCACACACAUCUAUUUUUAGUCGCAAAUGCAGGUGAAACAGUCGCACUGUCGAGUCCUGCCAGGUCUCAUCACAGAGGUUUUCAGGUUACUGAAAAAAGAGAGAAAAUAAAAACGGCUUUUUAAAGGUUUGAGUCCAAAAUUAAAAAUGACAGUUUGUGUUGAAUGAAUUUCUCUGGAUUUAAAGAGGAGGAACAGCUAAUUUAAGAUAAUUCUGAAGAAACUCUCAGAUUUUCCCUUUUAAUGACGUUUUUACAUCAGCCUGAAGAUUUAAAGGAGUUUAAGAUUUUUAAACGUUCGCGUCAACAAAACAUCCAAUCCUGAAGAUUUAAUAUUAACUCCUCCUCUUGCACUCUCUCUCUUCCUCCUGCUCCUCCUCUCCCUGCUCUCCCUCUCUCCUCCUCCUGUCCCUCCUGCUCUCUCUCUCCUCCUCUCUCUUCUUUCUCCUUUCCUUUCCUAUCCUUUCCUCUCCCCUGCUCCUCUUCUUUCUCUCUCCUCUCCUCUCCCUGCUCUCCUCUCUCCUCCUCCUGUCCCUCUUGCUCUCUCUCCUCUCUCUCUCCCCUUCUCCUCCUGCUCCUCUGUCUCUCCUCUCUCUCCUCCUCCUCCUCUCUUCUCUUUCUCCUUUCCUUUCCUUUCUUUUCGUCUCCCCUGCUCCUCUUCUCUCUCUCCUCUCCUUUCCCUGCUCUCCUCUCUCCUCCUCCUCCUUCUCCUCUGUCCUCCUCCUCCUCUCUCCUCUUUCUCUUUUCCUUUCCUAUCCUUUCCUCUCCCCUGUUCCUCCUUUCUCUCUCGCCUCUCCUCUUCCUGCUCCCUUUCCUCUCUUCUCUCUCUCUCCUCUUCCUGCUCCUCUUCUCUCUCCUCUCUCCUCCUCCUGCUUCUCCUUUUUCCUCCUCUUCUCUCUCCUCUCUCCUCCUCCUGCUCCUCCUCUCCCUGCUCUAUCUCUUCUCUCUCCUCUCUCCUGCUCUAUCUCUUCAGUGGUCCACAGUUAGUCUCCAGGUUAGAAGACAGAACACCCCCCAGCUCUUCAAUCAUUCAGUCUCUAUUUGACGUUUUUCUGAGGAGGUUCCAUCUGAAAGUGGAUCAGUGGUCCAGUUCUGGUCCUGGGGUCAGGUUUGGGUUAGUGGACCAGCUGUGAAGUAUCAAGACUUCAGUAAUCUUGCAGUCAGUCAAAGACAGGAGAAGAAGAAGAAGUUCUUCUGUUGGACUGAAGAUCGUAAAGAUGAUCCUGAAUCAGUUUGUGUUUCUGAAGCUGCUGCAGGAUCUGAAGUCUCUAACAUAAAGUUCAGAUGAUUAAAAUAAUAAUCAUCGUGAUCAUGUGGUCGACUCUCUGAGGAGACGUGAACGGACUUGUUUCUGCGCUCCGAACAGACAUGUAGAGUCUCCUGUAAAGAGUCGCCCUGCUCACCUGAGAGAUCAGGCGUGUUGAAAAUGUUGAAACCACCGAACUUGUGUGUUAUUCCUCUGACAUGUGUGUGUCUGUGUGUGUCUGUGUGUGUCUGUGUGUGUGUGUCUGUGUGUGUGUGUGUGUGUGUGUUUCUGUUCCAGGAUUUCUAUGAUGAGCAGGGCGUGUUUUCAGAGAGUUUCUGGCCCCAGAGCGAGCCUCCUCAGGCGAUGGCGUUCAACCCCAGAGGACGGGUCAACAAGCCUCUGACUCCGCCCCCUACCACACAGUCCAUCAACAACCAGGUCAGUGUCUCAGCGUCUCACACCUGAGCCGGCGUGUUUGUACCCGCUGUUGUCGAGUCAAAAGGGAGCUGGGCUACGGUUACAGAGUGUGUUACAGUUAGAAAACACACACACACUUACACACACACACUCUACAACCCUCGCUGCAGACUAUUCUAAAUAAUUCACGUCUUUUCCACACACUACAUUAUCAAAACACUAAAUAUUUCAUUUUUGCUUUCUUUCUCUCGUGCAUUGGCCAACAUGGACGUUAAAUAAAAAAAAUGAUGUCACGUGGCGUUGGAGGCUCUUCGCCGUUCGAGAACAUCUUGUCCAAAUUUCCUCGGGUGUAUUUUUCUCACGCUAACUCCGUGAAGACGGAUCAUCGAUUCAAAACUGAAUCAGAUUUGUUAAAAACUGAAGAACACACAGAGACGGAUGAAAUGUUGAGAUCAUAGAAACUCGGGGGAUCAGGGGGGCGAGCGGGUCGGGUAUCAAACCGAAAAAUCUGCAUCAGUUCAACAGAAAGAUACUGAACAUUAAAACCUGCGAGAGUGUGAGAAACAAAUAAUGAAUAUUAACAGAAUAAUAACAAAAUAAAAUACGGAAUUUAAUCUAUGAAUAAAAUUGAAUUAAGACAAAAUAGAAAAAAAGAUUUUUUAAAACAUUUAAUUUAAAAUUUCAAUCCAAGUGUUUUUUAAUUUAUUUACAGUUUCUGUUGAUGAGACCAUAACGCAUUUAUCAGUCAUUAUUUGAUCAAAGUCUAAUUUAUAUUUUUAAUAAUCCCUCUCUUUAUUCAGGAAUUAAUUAAUGAAUUUUUAAACCAACUUCUUUUAAUCGUUCAGGUUUGUUUUUAAUGAGAGAAACCUUCGUCUCCAUCUUUCAGACAGGAAACGGUUUUAAUCUGAAGGUUUGCUCAAGAGCGAAGAUGUUUUAGUGGCGUGAGUGAAACACACUGUGACCGACUGUUUUCUCAGUUCAAGUCUCCGCCCACACCGUUUGACGGACAGGUGUGUUGACUCUGACCGUAAAAACUCAGCAAGGUUUGGAGACUAACGACGGAAAGAGUCAGAUGGGCCUCUUUUCUUAAAAUGGUGAUAUCGAAGGGUGAGUUUGUGACACUGUUUAGAAAUUAAUAAAGGUGAUAUUUAUUUUACUGACUUGACUGGAAACACUCGUUUAAAGACUUUUCAAUAAAAAUGCAAUUUUAAUAGAAAGUGGAGAGCUGCUUCAGAGACGGCUCUCGAUAAAAGAUAAACUGGAGCAGAGCAAGAACACGUUUGUGCCGUGAUGCUUGUCGUCAGUGUUGUGCCCAAAUGCGUCCAAUGAAAGAUCAUUCAUGAACUCGUUCAUAUUUCGGGCGAACUUGAUCAUGUCGUUCUUUAUUUGCGUAUGAACACGUUGGUGUUGAACGCGCUCAUUCUGGGGUCUGCAAGUAUGCCAGAUGUCCAGAGCCUACUAGGUGAAACCCCAGAAAAACAGCGAUUUUGUUUCAAAGUUCGUAUAAAUCCAUCCAAUCACCCGCUAACAGCCGUCACUCUGUCCUCUGCAGCUUCUUUUCCAGUAUCCAGUGAGCCAAUCACAGCCCGCUCCCUACUACGUGGGCGGGCCCAUGGGUGGGAUUGACAGCAUGACGGGGACCGAGUCCGGUCAGCAGGCUCCGCCCCCAGCACCGAUGACCCCGGCUCCGCCUCCCUCCACCUCCUCCUGCUCUGCGGGCCCCUCCCCUUCCUCCCAGGGAUCUGAGACCUCGUUUGACUGCACGCACUGUGGCAAAUCUUUACGUUCCAGGAAGAACUACAGCAAGCACAUGUUCAUCCACUCCGGUGAGACGCGCUGCCUCGUCCCCGCCCCCAUCAUUCUCUUUAACUGGAACUUAUUCUUGACUUGAUUCAGGAACUGAGGAGUGAUGAGACCAGAUCUUUAACCCCGUAAUCGCAGCCUGCAGGUGGAUGCUGGGGUGGGGAGGCUGAAAAUGUGGGCGCAGUUCUUUAGCAGGGCAGUGGAGGCAAAAACAGGAAAUCCUGCCGCUGAAAUAGAGCGCCAAACCGGAGUGUGUUUGUCAUGUGAUUGUGAGAAGUGUAAAAUCAGUGCAGCUGGAGUUGACUGCCUGAACUAGCUCUCAGGCUUUGCUCUGUCUAUGGCACAACAGCAGAGCUUUAAUACAGAAAAUUUACAGAUACCGAAAUUUUCAACAACAAGCAACGAAUUUGGUGUCAAAAAAAUAGAUUAAUAAAAGUGGGUUUUGGAUGUGUGUAGGAAGGCUAUGGUCUCAUGUCCCUUUAACCCCCAAUUUCCACCACAUCCUGAACGGCUAUGAAAAGGUCGUAUCCGCCGAUCGUAGCUGAUCGUAACCAUUCAAGUUAACGUGUCAAUUGUCUUUUCGUUCUGCUGCGGAUCGCCGGACUCCACAGCUGAUCACAAGAGUUCUAUUUUUUCCAGACGAGCAUGCUGAAUAAAUUCAGCACAGAUUAACCCGUGCCGGAAAGGAAGUUGGGCACAGACACAAAAUAAAACAUCUGACUUCUUUUCAAAAUGAAACACUCCGUGCUUCAGGCGGAUUGUAUUUCACACCAUGCAAACGGAAAAACAAAAGGUUUUUAGACGUCAUUUCACCCUGAUGACACCAUGGAUGAGGAGAUGCUGAUUCUAGAAGUCUAGAAGUAGAUUCCCCCUUAGGAAGGACAUAAUCUACUGCUUAUAUGUCUAUGUGUCUGUCUUAAUAGAGACAACUUGUUAUCGCGCAAUUGCACGUGAAUCCGUGGGUUCUUGUGAGUUCUCGCAAUUUAUCCGUAAUCCGCCAUGAAAUUCGCCUCAUAAAAAAAUAUGAAUAUGGAAAGGCGGACAGCGAAAAUCGGAUUCUGCAAAAAUUGGGAGUAAAACACUGUCCUACGUCAGAGAUGUGACUCCACCCCAUCCAGUCCAUAAGAGAGGGAAAGACAGGUGAGGAGAUGGAGGACAGUUCAAAAGUGUCUUGAGAUGAUGACUGUUGUGAAUUGGCGCUAUAUAAAUAAAAUUUGAUUGAUUGAUUGAAAAGUUGGAGCAGCUGAAGUAGAUGAAGUUAAUGUGGGAGGGUGUGAGCAGCUUGUGGAGUAGUUGUCCUUCAUUUAUUGUCAUCAAGGUGAACUCAUCAAUAUAUUGUGAUAUUGAUUUGAGGCCAUAUCGCCCAGCCCUAGUUUAGAAACAUCCAAGAGUUGACUCUGCUUUGAGCGGAGAACCGCUGCAGGAAACGCAAACAAAUUUUUCUUCAGACUUGUCCAGAAACGACUUCGAUGUUUUGACUCGUUGUCUUUGUCUUGUGCACGCGUGUCCCUCCAGGUCAAAAACCUCAUCAGUGCUCCAUCUGCUGGCGCUCCUUCUCCCUGCGUGACUACCUCCUCAAACACAUGGUGGUGCACACUGGAGUCAGGGCUUUCCAGUGCUCCAUGUGCGGCAAGCGCUUCACCCAGAAAAGCUCGCUCAACGUGCACAUGCGCACCCACCGUGCCGAGCGCACCUUCCAGUGCAACGUGUGCCACCGGGCCUUCACCCAUCGCACCUUGCUGGAGCGCCACGCCCUGCAGCACGCCCACCACGCCCCCCAGGCCCAGGGCCAGGGGCGUGGGCCCGACAUGACCUCACCAACCAAGCACAGUCCUCCGGCUCUGGGGGGACCCUCAGGUAUGGCUGGCGCGGCUGGCAUGGUCAGCAACAUGGCCAACAUGCCCAGCCACGGCGCUUCCUCCACCUAGAAUGAGAAAGAAAAGAAGAAACGGGGGAGGGGUUAGAGGUUAGCGAGCCCAUUCCUCGAACCGGCACUUAUUUGGUCCUAACAGCCUUGCUGAUUUUUCGUUCUGGUGGGAACAUGCUUACCGGUUUCCAUUGUUUUUAGCUUAACGUCACCUUCAGUCAGGGUUCCUACACAAGGCUUCUAAGGUUUUGAAAAUUACAAAGAUUUUAAAGAGGUUUUUAAAUUGCACAAAAAUCCAGGAGAAGUUUGUAAAAAUUUUGCUACCUUUCUGAAAAACCACCUUAGAGGAAGUUAGUGUCCUAAUGUCGUUUCCUGUGUUGUUGCCAUGGCACUAAUCAUAAGCUACAUCACUAACGAACACAAACCUUGAGAAAAGCCUUUAAUUACCCUAUCAGACCUUAUUUUUCAGAGGGCAAGGAAGUCUGGAUUUUGCGGCAGGAACGUGUAGGAGCCCUGUUUCACGGACACCAGAGAGUCACCAAAGAGGUUAGGAAUUCAGAACGGGUCUGGGAUUGGGCGGGGGAGACGGGAGAGGGGGUUCGUGGGGUAUCUAGGUGGAGGUGAGGGUGGGGAGGGAGGGAGGGAGGUUGGGCUUUUUGGAGAUGCAAGUUGGAAUACGGGCAGGGGAGGGUCUACGGGGUUACGGGGUUUUAUUCACCCUCAAUUCAAUUGAUUCAAGUUAGAAAAAAGGAAUUUGCUGAGUUCUGUUUCGCAUGUUUAAGGUUUCAAAAACACGCAAACAAAACUGAGUUCAACGAUCCAGCCGACGAUCUUUUUUGUUUUUGUUUUGCUUUCUGCCACAGAGACGACUGCUAAACACGAUCCGCUAAACGUCAUUUCUGCUUUUUCCUUUCUGACGAUAUCGCAAACGCUGCGUGAAACUGAAGGCUCCAGAUUUUUCGCAACUCGUGAGCCAAGUAGUUAGCUAGUGUUUACCAAUUGUCAUCUUCAAAAAUCAGGAUUUACAGAUGCAAAGGUUUAAUAUACCUCGUGUUUUUUUAUUAUCCAUCUUAUUUUUCCUGAACAUCCUUCCCAGCUAGCAGUUAUACGUCUUGUUAGCUUUCUUGAUAGCAAAGUCCUUUCUAGUUCCUUGCCAUCGUCUGUGCCGUCGCUCUGUAGACCUUUUACAGACGUCCAAACCUAACCUUGGUCAUUUUUCCUCCUUUGAGCGCUCGUACAUUUCCCCACAUAUUACAAAAUAAAAGCACUUAACCGGCUUUCUAACUAACUACCAAGUAGCUAGCUGGAUCCGCCUCUGUGUUGAGCCAGGGCGUUAGCGCUUUAGCGUAUUUUGGAAUAUUGAGUAUCUGUUAUUUUCCAUUUAUGACUUUGAACAAUUUUAACUCUACUCAUCACGUAUAUACCUCAUUAGCAUGACUUAAUGUUAGCUAAGUGGCUAGCUAGAUUCAUUUUCUAGCAUUGCGCUAACAUUCAUGUGGACAUUAGCUUCUUAGUUUGGAUUAAAAAACAUGAUAGCUUGUUUUACCCCCAGACACGCUUUUUCCUUUUGACCUUCACGAACUUGCAACACGGCAUUAGCUUGUUAGCAUUUUGAACUGAAACAUUCCAGCUAAGCUAACCUUGACUGAACCGUAGCGCAUUAGCAUGUGCUAACAGAAUAAUGAACUCUCUCAAUCAUAGCUGAUCGACCCACAGUUAAAUUUUCUUACUUAGCGUUUUUUUUUUCAACAUGACGAAGUUACCUGCAAAAUGGCGCCUGGUUACAGCAGCGUAUUGAUUAGCAAUCUGAGUAACUCGGUAGUUUCCUGCUAAAUAGAAUCAUCUGAUAAAUGACGAACUUCUUCAAUAGUAGCUUUUUUGAUCAUAUUUGAAUUGUAAUUUCCAGUUGUAAUGAUCUCUCUGUCAAUAGUUUCAUUGUUCUUAUUCAAAAAGUGACAAUUCUUUACCCUGUUAGCUAGCUAACUAGCUCGCUCAGUAGCUAGCUACUUGACACAAAUGUGUGUGAGUGCUGACCUGACUUUACUCACUGACGAUUCCUGACCUUAUUUUGUUUUCCUCCUUCUUAUUUGUGUUUACUCGUGAACCAAAUAUAAACGCAACACCUCGUGAGCUCGAUCAAAACUGUUAGCCUCUCGGCAUGUUCUAGUGAAAGUUCUCCAAAUUGAAUCUUGAAAAGAUUCGACCACUUGAUUUAUCCUCAAGUGUGUGUUAUUUUAUUCUUAUUUUCUUCUUAACCUCGUAAACUUGCCCAAAGUAUCAGGACACCUCAUUAGUUAGCUGUCCUGUCUCGGCCUCUUUGUUAAACUCGUGUUAAAAACACGGUUAACCGAAAACUUUCAAGAAGUAAUAAGUAUGAUUCGUCUGAAACUCCAUGUUGAGUAAAAGGCUUAAAGAAUGACUGAAUUUGUGUGUAGCAUUGCCAAUGGUGCGUUAGAUUUGAUCAAGGAAGUCGGAAAUAUUGAAAAUUCCACUUCAGAGCGAUUUCAGGAAUCCGAGAUGUCUGCGCCUCGGACCAGGAGUGACUACUGACCUUCGAUUUCAACACGCACCUCUGAUAUGACGUCCGACUUUCAGGGGAAAUGAGACGCACUAUGAAACAAAGAUGUUGAAUUAAAGUCGAUGUUGACGAUCUGAGAAGCAGUUGGGGAAAAAAAACUAAGCCGUUGAGGCAGAUUUGAAAAAAGCGCAAACCUCUCCCCUCUGUGCUCCAGGAUACCUCCCUGGAGCGCACAACACACCCCCUCUGGCAGAGCAAGAAGCCGGCCAGCAGAAGAUCCUACGCUAGCUUCAAUUAGGAUUCAUCAUGUCGGAUUGUUAUCGACUUGCGGCAGUAAACGCCAGCUCUGCGAGCAGGCAGCGUCUGCAGCUGCCUGGACAGCUACUGUGUUGACAUUGCAGAGACUAAUAAGAGUUAUUUAUGUAACAGGUGCCACGGUAAAAAGCGAUAAAAAUGACCUGUUCAACAAAAACUCUGCUGUCUCGGCGUCUGUUUUCAUGCCCAAAAGUGAUUUUUUUGCGUCCUUCUCCAUCACAGCUCCUGUAGCUAAGCUGCUACGCUACUUUUAGCCGCGAAAAAGCUCCGAGGAGUACCGGGAGAGUGGGAGGGGACGAGUUGGAGCGACGCGAGAGGGGUGUGUCAAAUACAGCGAGGUGAUUAGAUGGAGAAGCAGAGAAGGAGAUUGACCAAUAGGAGCUGUCCGGGAUGGAUGGCUCCCAUUGGUCGAUGUUUUUGCAGACCUGCACCUGCUAAGGUGAACAGAUUUUUUCCGUUCUUUUUUCUCUUCACUUUGUGGAGAUCACACUAUAGGACCAUGAUCGCCAUAGAAACAAGGUUCAUAAAAAUGACCAAUCUCUACAAUCAUCAACCAUGACUUAAAGUUUUUUCUGGAAAAAAAAGAUAAACUGGAGAAAUUCAAAGAUGGAGGCAUGAAUUAGAUAUUUUUAACCCUCUUCCCAGUAUUUGGAUGGAUGUGGUCGUCUGUCUGAGGACACUGACGUUCCUGUCACAUUUGAUGUGUUCAUACGGCCAAUAACACCAAAGUGUUAAAAAGGGAAACUUUCAUUUCCCGCUUGCUUUAAUGCACCUUAAAAAUUAUUCCCCCAUUUAUGUUUAACCGCCUUUUGCCACCUCGAAGCGUGGAAAUUAGACUUUCUGCAAAUAUAGAGAAGGUCGUUAAAAAUGUUGUUAGUCACUAAGAUUGAGGCCAAAACUCGACCCCAACAUGUGCACUUAUCCCAGAGCUCUGCUUGGAAUUAAGGGACGAACUAAAACACGAUUAUUGAGUCGGUGUGUGUGUGUGUCAGAUUUAUCCCCACGACAGCUAAAUAAAGCCAGCGACGUCACUCUAGAUUUCUGUUGUUCGCUCUUUUAUGCACCUUAAAGCCCUUUUUGUAAUUUUCUCCUGACGUUUUGAUAUAAAAAGACAAAAGAAAAGCCCGUCUUGAUUCAACUGAAUUGACUGUGAAUGAAACCCCGGGGUUAUUCAGGAGUAAACCAGGGUGAUUCAGAGGGUUGAUGAAUGAUUUCAGGAGGAGAGGGGGGGUAGUCUGAUCAGAGUGAGACUACAGCAGGGAGGAAGAGGAGGAGGAGGAGGAGGAGGAGGCGGCGUGAUGCACAGCAGUGUGAAUGAAAUUCACCAUCAUCCAUUAGACAGCUUUGUAACACUUUCCACAGGCGCCACUGGUCGGCCCCAGGAUCAUAUACCUCGAACCAGGACGAGCCUCCGGCGGCGGUGGCUCGGAGGAACACUAUUCUCUCAUUGAAAUGUUGGGAAACAUUUCGGCAUGUUUUACACACCCACACACCUGCAAUUACCUCGGUGGUCCAAAGACAGGCAUUAUGCUUCAUCUUUUAAGCUACAUCAGACGAAGAAACCGUGAAAACUAAAGCUAAGAUAGAUCCGUUUACUUUUUGAGAGCUUACUAAAGUACUUCUGUGUAAAAUUCCUGUACAUCGCUAUAACGCUCGGUUUGUUCUUUGUUGCUCACGUGAUUCUUGGAUGCAGAAAUAAGGCAGACGUUUAAAAAGAAAAAACUUUGACAGUGAAAAGAGCCAUUCGGAGGAAGUUAAACUUGGUUGAAUAACUAUGACAAAUCAAUGAUUUUUAUUGGGAUUUUUAUUGAGUGUUUGGUUGUGUUUGUCUUUUGGGGCUCUGGUUAAUAAUACAUGGGAAGUGUUUGUUGCUUAAAAAAAAAAAAACAAAUAAAAGCUUUUCUCUCAGCACUAUAAAAAAAAACAUUUUUAACGUUUUAGUAAAACUAAAUUAAUCAUGAAAAUGUACAAUCACCCCUACAAGUUUUGACAAAGUCAAACUCGUGAUAAUCCGAAUUAUCACAUUAAUAUUUAUUACAAUUUGAUCUCUAUGCACAGUUCAGUUUGCACAUCAGUAUACUUAGACCUAGAUGUUGUGGUCCCCUUAAGUAUUUGGCCGAAGAUUGUUUUUUUUUUGUUUUUUUGUUUUUUUUCCUCUUUUUAUUUUUUAUAUACCUGAAAGGUGAUCUUAAAAAGACAUUAUGUGUCCCUGCUUUUUGCUCCUUUUCCUUAACGUGUGUCGGUCGCAGCAUUAUAUGAUACUCAGUAGUUUACUUAAGCUUUGUAAGAGCCUUCUUAUUGACAUGAUUUCCCUAACAAGUGAAAUAUUUUUGAGCUGGAGAGCUUUGAAAGUGAUGAGUUAAUUUGACGAACAGAAAUGGAGAGUAUUUUCGUUUUGUAAAAAAGAGUGAAUCCAGCAGAGAGCCGAUCUUCUCUUCUUCCUGGAUCUCACUAUAAACUAAAUAUUGACAUUUGAUGUCCCAUUUCAAUGUGGAAAAACUGCUUAUUUACAGGGAGCAGGCUUGGCAGCGUGUGUUCAUUGGCCUCUGAACAGUGCAAAUUAAUUUGCAGACUCAGUAAGUUUGUUUCAGCCGGCGCUGUGGAUGAAAAAAAAAAAACGAAACAAAAAAAGAGUUUACAGGAAGCUGGACUGAAACGCCUCCAACUCACUGUCGCUUAUAAGCUAUAUAAAAAUGUUUUAACGCCAAACCGGUGGUGCUUCUUUGGACAUAUUUACCUCAUUUGCCAGUUGCCAACACCAUGCUGCGGUCUGGGUUUGGUAAAUAAGCAGUGUUGAGCUGUUUCAGAGGUUUGAUCUAUCCUCAGCAGUAGACGUGGUUUUGGUGCAUCUUGUCUGAGGCGGACCCUUGUACAGUACUGUAAUAUGUGUGCUUUGAAGCCAUGUCAGCGCAUUGUAUCGUACUGUGUUAUGCCUUUUCUUGUCUUCUGUUUCUUUGUUUUAUCGGGAGGGAGGGAGGGAAGUUGAUAAUUGUUUUUCUACAUUAAUAUUUCUUUAACAGAGGUUCAAAAUGUCAGAAGAAGAAGAAGAAACAGUCAUUUUAUAAAAAAAGAAAAUCACUUCAAGUCAUCGUAAAACCACAUCUUUUAUGUAUAAAAAAGACUAAAGGCAUGAUUUUAACUUUUCUGAGAACUUAGAUGUUGUACUCAAUGAAUUAAUUGAAUUUUAAAAUGAGUGAUUUCAAAGAUUUCUUUCUCCAAAUAAAAAGUCUUCUAUGGCUCUCAGGCCA